AUGCGCGAAAGAGCCGGAAAGGCGUACGAUCAGGCGAUCGCCUUCAUGCGGAGGACAUACCGCGAUGCCGAAACUGUUUUGGUGCUUGACCACUCUCUCCUUGGCGUGGAUAGUAAGAACUUGACCCGUCUCGGGAUCCUCCUGCGCUUUAUCACUUGCGGCUGGAAACGUCGACUGUGGACUUACCAGGAAGGCGUGCUGGCGAGGAAAUUGCUUGUCCAGUUUGCCGACCGCGCCGUGGAUAUUGACGAGUUCCGCAAGACAUCUGUUUCUUCCGACGAAGCGUUAUGCUUGUCAACGCUGGCGAAUAUGUCUCCUGAACGGGUCAAAAGAGUUUCCGAGAGCGAGAAAGACAAACGUAUGGAGACGUUCUACACCAUUCUGCCUAUCAUCAGCAGACAAAUCAUCUUCUGGCACGGGAGUCGUCUCCAGCAGGUGGGCUUUCGGUGGGCACCGGCUUCGUUCCUGAAUAACAGCAACCUCUAUUUCAGAGAUUGGGACCAUGGCGCAUCGGCGGAGUACAACAAGGCCACGUUAUCCCGUUCUGGACUCUCGUUUGAUUGUCCUGGAAUUCUGCUGGGCAAGCUUAGCGCUGGCUUACAAUCGUUCCUCGUGACCACUGGAUCAGAUGUGUGGUAUCAUGUAAGCUGCCGGCAGUUUGAUGGGCAGGAAGGUCGACCGUUUCGCAUAGUCCCAGACCAGAGUAUGCCCGACGUAUCGUUGGCUCUUCUAAACCCUACUCCUUUCCGCGAAGACUUCACUACCCCGGGAUUUGAGACGCGGAUCUCCCUGAUAGUGGCUAUUGUCGCCGAAGAAGAUGGCACAUUCAUUGCCCAGACACUAUGUCCAUCUUUCGUCUUCCGCAAAGUCGGGAUCGAGGCUGAACUGCCCUUGGUCAUGAAGACGUACCGGUUUUUCAGGACAAUUCUACAGGAACAGCACACGUCUGACGGAAAUGGUGAUUCUGACUCACAGAUCGAUGUCGAGAACGCCUGGGUCCUCGAGGAUAAAUGUCUGAUGGGCCAAUACCAGGCGCGUGGUCGUGUCGCAGUUGUGGAACACGUCCAAAGCCCCGGGUCCGAUCAUGGUGAGUAUCUGUUGUGGGCCGGUACGACUAUGUUGAACGGACGACUCUGUCUCGUGCGCGAAGGUAUGCAUAAUAUUUUCGAAGGUUCGGAGAUCCCAUCGAGACAGAGAUGGUGCCUGGACUGA